AUGAAGAAUGCUGGUGUUAAUUUUAGUAAUUGUGUAAAAAAAUAUUGCAGCAAAAGUAAUAACCCGUUUGAAAAAUUGAGAAAAAAAUUUAAUAAAGGGGAUUAUCAUUAUUAUGAUUUAAAUGAAUUAAACGAUAGUAGAGUAAAAAGUUUGCCAUAUUCUAUAAGAAUAUUGCUUGAAUCCGCAAUACGUAAUUGUGAUAAUUUAAAAGUAACUGAAGAAAAUGUAAAAACAAUAUUAGGAUGGAAAGAUAAUUGUAAGAAAAUGAAAGAAAUUCCAUUUAUGCCUGCUCGUGUUUUAUUACAAGAUUUAACGGGUGUACCAUGUAUAGUAGAUUUAGCUACAAUGAGAGAUACUGCAGAAAUGUUGGGUGGUGAUGCAAACAAAAUAAAUCCUCUUAUUCCAGUUGAUUUAGUUAUUGAUCAUUCAGUACAAGUAGAUCAUAGUAGAAGUUCUAAAGCAAUAGAAUUUAAUGAAAAAAGAGAAUUUGAAAGAAAUUUAGAAAGAUUUAAAUUUCUUAAAUGGGGUAUGAACUCAUUUGAAAAUAUGUUAAUUUUACCACCUGGAUCAGGAAUAGUACAUCAAAUAAAUUUAGAAUAUUUAGCACAUUGUGUAUUUAAAAAUAAUAAUAAUAAUUUAAUAUAUCCUGAUAGUGUUGUUGGUACUGAUUCCCAUACAACUAUGAUAAAUGGAUUGGGUGUAUUAGGUUGGGGUGUUGGAGGUAUUGAAGCUGAAGCUACAAUGUUAGGAUUGCCAAUAUCUAUGACUUUACCUGAAGUGGUAGGAAUAAAUGUUGUAGGAAAAUUAUCUGAUAAUUUAUUAAGUACUGAUAUAGUUUUAUAUAUUACAUCAUUUUUAAGAAAAGAAGUAGGGGUUGUAAAUAAAUAUGUCGAAUUUUUUGGGCCAAGUUUAAAAGAUUUAAGGCUAGCUGAUAGAGCAACAAUAGCUAAUAUGGCACCAGAAUAUGGAGCUACAGUAGGUUUUUUCGGUAUUGAUGAUACAACAUUAGAAUAUUUAAAACAAACAGGAAGAGAUGAUGAUAAAAUAAAUUUAGUUCGAGAUUAUUUACAAAAAAAUAUGUUAUAUAAUAAUUAUUCUGAAAAUAUAGAAUAUACAGAUGUAUAUACUUUAGAUUUAUCAAAGUUAAGUUUAUCAGUAUCAGGUCCUAAAAGACCACAUGAUAAUAUAUUAUUACCUGAAUUACAUAAUGACUUUAAAAUGUGUCUUGAUUCACCAAUUGGUUUUAAAGGAUAUAAUAUAAGUAAGGAGGAUCAAAAAAAAGAAAUUUCAUUUGAAUAUAAGACUGGAGAUGGAGGUACCUAUAAAUUAUCACAUGGUAGUAUUGUGUUAGCAGCAAUUACAUCAUGUACAAAUACAAGUAAUUCAUCUUCUAUGAUUGCUGCUGGUUUGUUAGCUAAAAAAGCAGUUGAAUUAGGAAUAAAACCGAUCCCAUAUAUUAAAAGUUCUUUAUCUCCUGGAUCUAAAGCUGUUCAGAAAUAUUUAGAAGCAGGUGGACUAUUAAGUUAUUUAGAAAAAUUAGGAUUUUAUAAUGUUGGUUAUGGUUGUAUGACAUGUAUAGGAAAUAGUGGUAGUUUAGAUGCAGAGGUCGAAGAUGUGAUAAAUAAUCAUGAUUUAGUUUGUUCAUCUGUUUUGUCAGGAAAUCGAAAUUUUGAAGGACGUAUACAUCCAUUAAUUAAAGCAAAUUAUUUAGCUUCCCCAGUCUUAGUUGUAUUAUUAAGUCUAAUAGGUCAUGUUAAUAAAGAUAUAACAAAAUAUACAUUUGAAUGUAAUGGAAAGAUUGUUAAAGCUUUAGAUUUAAUUCCAAACAAAGAUGAAAUAAAUGAGUAUGAAGAAAAAUAUGUUAAGCCAGAUUUAUAUAAGGAUAUAUAUAAAAACAUAAAAUAUGUUAAUAAAUAUUGGAAUGAUAUACAAAUAAAAAAAAAUAAAUUAUUUGAAUGGGAUAAAAAUUCGACUUAUAUACAUAAACCUCCAUAUUUUGAUGGUAUGAAAAUGCAACCUCAAAAGAUAGAAGACAUAAAAAAUGCUAAUAUAUUAUUAUUAUUAGGUGAUAGUAUAACAACAGAUCAUAUAUCACCAGCUGGUAUGAUACAUAAAAAAUCAGAAGCAUAUAAAUUUUUAAAAUCAAAAGGUGUAAAGGAUGAUGAUUUAAAUACAUAUGGAUCAAGAAGAGGUAAUGAUGAGGUUAUGGUUCGAGGUACUUUUGCUAAUAUAAGAUUAAUUAAUAAAUUAUGCCCUGAUAAAGGUCCUAAUACUAUAUAUAUACCUUCCAAUGAAUUAAUGUCUGUAUAUGAAGCAGCUAUGAGAUAUAAGGAAAAUAAUAAAGAUGUUAUAAUUAUUGCUGGUAAAGAAUAUGGUUGUGGUAGUUCUAGAGAUUGGGCAGCUAAAGGAUCUCAUCUUUUGGGUGUUAAAGCUAUUAUUGCUGAAUCAUUUGAAAGAAUUCAUAGAAGUAACUUAAUAGGAAUGAGUGUAUUACCAUUACAAUUUUUAAAUAAAGAAAAUGCUCAACACUAUAAUAUAGAUGGUACUGAAACAUUUUCUAUUUUAUUAAAUGAGGGUAAUCUAAAACCAGGACAAACUAUAACUGUUGAAAUGACACAAAAAGGAAAAACCAUCAAAUUUGAUGUUCUAUGUAGAAUAGAUACUGAAAUUGAAGUUCAAUAUUUCAAGAAUGGUGGAAUAUUGAAAUAUGUCCUUCGAUCGUUAGCCAAAAAGGAAGAUGCUUAA